AUGGGAGCCGAUCCGCAAUACGCAAAAUGGCCUUUACUACCUCUCGCCCAGGAUGUCGUCAGUCUCACCAGCCCAUACUACCCGGAGAGCAAGAAAGAGGCUGUCGUCCAGCAUCUACAGAAUGCUAUCACGGAGCAUAAGAUGGCACCCUUUUACCACUUCCUCGCACAUCCGACGGAGGGCAUUCUCAAUGCCCUCGGGGAGGGCCCCGCAGGCGCACCGGUAAAGACGGCAGGUAGCAGGAAGAGCAGUCUUAGCGGCCUCCUCUCGUUGAACCCGGUCAAGCACCAUCUAAUGCCAUGGGACGAAGCGUUGUACCAGUCGCUGAAGGCCGAGAAUGACAAAGAACUAGAGCAGAUUCAGAAAGAGGAGGAUGAGGCAGUUGAGCAGGCUGGUGAGACGGAAAUCCAGGCUGCGCGGGGAAAGAGGGCUGAGUUCUGGGCCAAAGUUGGUGACAAGGAGAAAGCUAUCGCCGCAUACGAGGACGUUUUCGAGAACACGGGGAUUCUCGGCACCAAGAUCGACUUAGUCCUCGCGCUCAUCCGGGUUGGCCUUUUCUUCGGCGACAAGCACCUAGUCAAGAAACACAUUGGGCGCGCUAAGACGCUGGUUGAGAGCGGUGGUGAUUGGGACAGACGCAACCGGCUCAAGGCUUAUGAGGGUGUACACCUCCUGACAAUCCGCAACUACAACUCUGCGGCCCCCCUACUUCUCGAUAGCUUGUCGACCUUCACGUCAUACGAACUCUGCACCUACAGCAACCUCGUCGUCUACGCCGUGGUGGCAGGCUGUGUCUCGCUGAAGCGUGUCGAUUUCAAGUCCAAGGUCGUAGAUGCCCCAGAGAUCAAGGCGAUUCUUGGCGAGGCUGAGGACAAGUUCCUCGCCCUCUCAGGCGCCAUCUCAGCUGGCCCCGGUGCGGACGCUGAGAUGCAAGAUGUCGACGCGGCAUCACCAGCAGCCCGGGUGACGGCUGUGAACCUUACCACGCUGGGUAGCAGUGUGGACCAGCCCGAGGCGGAGAUGGCGGUCGACUUCCGUUCGCUCGCGCAGCUCGUCAGCAGCCUGUACAACGGCCGGUACAAGGACUUCUUUAAAGCACUCGCGCAGGUCGAGGAAGAGUUUCUCUCACAAGACCGCUACCUACACGAGCACAAGAGUUGGUUCACCCGUGAGAUGCGCCUGCGUGCCUACCAACAGCUCCUGCAGAGCUACCGCGUGGUCGGGCUUGACAGCAUGGCCCGCGACUUUGGGGUGUCCCUGGACUUUUUGGACCGUGAUCUCGCAAGAUUCAUCGCAGCCGGCCGUAUCCCCUGCACAAUCGACCGUGUCCACGGCGGUGGUGUGAUUGAGACGAACCGGCCCGACGAUAAGAACAAGCAGUACCAGGAUGUCGUUCGCCAGGGCGACCAACUGAUUACCAAGCUGCAAAAGUACGGCCAAGCUGUCCGGUUGAGGGGGAGUGAGCGGGCCUAG